AUGUAGCAUAUGCAGUAACAUUAUUCUUAAUAACAUUUGCCUCCCUCCUAUCAACCUUAAUAAAGGAAUGUGUCCAGCUCACCAAUGCAAAGACAGUUCCCUAUUCAACCCUUCACUCCAACCCAAAACCUCGGUGGCUAGAAUGAAGGAAUGAAACCUUAUUCUACAGAUAUGAGGGAGAGAAGUCGACAAAUGCAAAACACCCCCUAAAAUAAUGCAUAAUCCAUGGAGAGCAUGGCCUUGCGAAUUCAAAAUCUUGAGAAGGAAAAUUAAAGUCUUAAGAGAUAGUUAGAAAAUGCUAAUCAAUAAAUCCAAGCAUUAAAUCAGAAGAUCAAUCAAAAUGCAACUCCCAGUCUUCUUAAAACCACCACUUUUGAACUUGUCGUCUUAUAAAAAGCUGUAGAACAAUUGGAAGGCCUUAAAAAUGGAUUACAGAAAAAAAAAUUGCAGGGUAGCAACAAUUAAACUACAAUACCUGAUUCUUAAAAGGAAGGGUACAGUGAACUCAAAAGUAAAGUGACUGUGAUGGAAGAGAAGUAAUAGUAGUUAGAGCGAUAACAAUCUUAAGUAAGGCUGCAUAUUUUAUUAGAAUAUCCUUUUGUUCCCUAAAGAGCAAUCGAUUUAAAAUUAGUAAUCAAAUCCUCCAUCCAAAGAAGAAGUCAAAGAAGAACCAAGGUAAGGCAGAAGGAUUAUUGGCAAUUCUCAAUCUGAUCAAGUUGACAACUAAACCAAAGUAAGUCCGAUUAAGUAUUUGAAUGUAAAAGCAGGAACAAGUUAAAAUGCCUUGAGAGUAUCCCCCAGAAGAAAACCAGACUUAAAGUAAAAUUGA